ACCAUUUACCCAGGCAAACAACAGCAGUCCCCCUUAGAACUUAGUCGUCCUCCGCCUCCCGUUCACAUGGGCCACUCUCGUCUUUUUCCUCUGCCUUUUCUGUCGCACGACAUCAUCACCAUCUUCGUCUCCUUCCUCUCACAACGGUACAAAAUCUCACACUCCUCUUUCUUUUCCUUUCUUCAUGCAAUGCAUUGAUCCACACAAUGCCGUCGCCAUUCCACAACCGCAGAGCUCUCCACGUCCCAUUCUUCCCCGCGCCGCCUCCUUCUUCCUCCUCGCCCUUCCCCAAAUACCCUUCCGCUUCCUCUUCGGCUUCUUCGUCGUCUUCGUCUUCGGCGUCGCAACCGCAGCAGGGCUUCUUCCCGGCCUACCUCGCCCCUCCUCCGCCCGCACUCCCCAUCUUCCCCGCUAACCUUUCUUCGCUCAUCUUCCCGGCCUCCCACUCCGCCCCGCCCCGCCGGGGCCCGGCCACCCACCUCCUCCUCCUCCCCGCGCUUCUCCUCCCCCUCCUUGUGCUUGCCCUCGCCGCCGCGUUUUUUCUCCGCCGAAUCCGCCCAGCGCGAGGCUUUGACGGCCGCUCCGACUCGCUUCGCCUGUUUCAGCCCGACAUCGCCCACCCAAAGCCCCCUCCUGCUUCCUCUGAGUUCUUGUAUCUCGGCACCCUCGUCGACUCUCGCGGCCACCAAAACCACCCCCACUCCUCUUCCGCCGACGCCGGCCUGCAGGUGGGCCCGUCGGCUCCGCUUUCCAAGACUGGGUCGCCGGAGCUUCGCCCGCUUCCGCCUCUGUCACGACAGAUCCCGCAGGGGUACGGGAAUGCUGACGGUGGCAGCUCGCCGGCGGAGGAGUUCUACUCGCCGAAGGUGCCUUCGAGCCUCGGGAAUACGUCACCUCCGGCCACCGUAGAUAAAUGCGGAUCGGCAAUCAGCACUGUGUCCUCGAUUUCGGCGACAUUGCUUUCACCGUCACCGCCGACGAUUCCGUCUCCGCCGUUCGGGUUGAGCCCUUCGAAUUCUAGCGGCAGAUCGCUCAAGACCAUGACUGAGAGGAACUUGGCUUCAGGAGGCGUUGGAUUUCUAUACCCGCCACUGCCUUCUCCGCCUCCUCUCCGGCCAAUGACCCCUUCACCUCCGAAGCGAAAGCGCGCUUCGCUACCUUCUCCAUUUACAGACAAGAAAAAGGAAUUUGAUGGGAAAAUAAAGACAUUUGAUUUCUCUUACCCAAAUCCAGUGGAAUCGUUAUAUGAUAACGACUUCACUCACAGCCAUUUCGCUACUAACGUCCCAUCUGCACCGCCGCAACGACAAAUUCCGACACCGCCACCGCCGCCUCCACCUCCUCCACCUCCGCAGCCAUCUCGACCUUAUUGUUUUCGGGAUGGUCCUGUCAGGAAACUGAAGGAUUUACAGCGACCAGAUCUUGUACCGGAUAAGAAGGUCAGGAAUCCCUCAGCGUUCGAAGAAUCAUCGAAGAAUGCGAAGGAUGAGGAGAUUCCUCGACCAAAGCUGAAGCCCUUGCUCUGGGACAAGGUCCGAGCAAGCUCGGAUCGAACAAUGGUGUGGGAUCAGCUGCGGUCGAGCUCAUUCCAAGUGAAUGAGGAGAUGAUCGAGACGCUAUUCAUCCGCAAUGUGACCAGCUCGGCGACGGAGGAGAUGAACAAGGGGCGCGUCCUUUUCCCGCUGACUCAAGAGAACAAUGUCCUCGAUCCUAAGAAGUCUCAGAACAUUGCUAUUCUUCUUAGGGCUUUGAAUGUGACUAAAGAGGAAGUCUGUGAAGCCCUAUUAGAAGGGAAUGCAGAUAGUUUGGGAACUGAACUGCUGGAGACCUUGUUAAAGAUGGCUCCUAACAAAGAAGAAGAACAUAAACUGAAAGAAUUCAAAGAGGACUCAGUUAUUAAGCUUGGUUCAGCAGAAAAGUUUCUCAGAGCAGUGCUUGAAAUUCCAUUUGCAUUUAAGAGGGUUGAGGCCAUGCUUUAUAUUGCCAACUUUGAUUCAGAGGUCAAUUUUCUCAAGAAAUCUUUUGAAACUCUCGAGGCUGCUUGUGAAGAGCUGAGGAGCAGCAGACUGUUUCUCAAGCUUCUAGAGGCUGUCCUAAAAACUGGGAACCGCAUGAAUGUUGGUACAAAUCGUGGUGAUGCACAUGCCUUCAAGCUUGACACACUGCUCAAAUUAGUGGAUAUCAAAGGCACUGAUGGAAAGACUACACUCCUACACUUUGUUGUGCAAGAAAUCAUGAGAGCCGAAUGCUCUCGCCUUUGUGGCACCAAAAGCCUCACUGCCAAAAUCCAGACUCUUCAAUCUGACCAUGAAUGUGCCAAGCUUGGCCUCCAAGUUGUUGCUGGCUUGGGAGGCGAGCUCAGCAAUGUGAAGAAAGCAGCUGCCAUGGACUCUGAUGUGCUCAGUGGUUAUGUCGCAAAACUUGCUGGCGGAAUUGGAAAGAUCACUGACGUCCUAAGAUUGAACGAAGCAUCAGCCCAAUCUGGACAACACCGUAGGUUCAACGAUGCCAUGACUGACUUCCUAAACAAGACUGAGAAUGAGAUCAUAAAGCUGCAAGAUCAAGAGAGCAUGGCGCUGUCCCUUGUCAGGGAAUUGACUGAGUACUUCCAUGGAGACUCAGCCAAAGAAGAAGCUCAUCCUUUUAGAAUUUUCAUGGUAGUUAGAGAUUUCCUUGUCAUUCUCGAUCAAGUAUGCAAAGAGGUUGGAAGGAUCAAUGACCACGGCCUCAUCAACUCAACAAGGCAGCAUUCUGUGCCAAUCCACUCAAACCUACCUCCAGUGUUCCCAAGGUUCCAUGCUUUGAGACAAGAAAGUUCUGAUGAAGAGGUGUAAUUGACAUAUUGUAUCAGUCUAGUGCUCAUGGCUGCUGCCCUUCCUGCCAAUCAUCAACCUUUCAGUGCAGCCAGGUAAUAUAAAACUUUUGUAGUAGUACAAUGUUUUACGUAACAGAUUUUUGUGGAUAAUUAAGGCUAUAUAUAAUUAAUUAUACACGAAAUCUAGAUGAUAGAAAAUGACUGUGUUUAUCCUUAAGUAACUCUAUUACUCAUUCUGCUUUCUAUUCCAUAAAUAUGAUAUGGCUGUGUUUAUCCUAAA